AAUUUUUUUAUUCAAAGUCAAGCCACUUUCCCUUGUGUCCUCCUUCCGUGGCCUUCGUCCUCCUCCUCUCUACGGCGUCACUUCCGACGCCGGCCUAACCGCCGUUCCCCGCCACCGUUGACCGGUGCCGCUGCCGCGCCAUCACCUCCACUGAGCCGCCGCUCAUCCCUCUUAAACCCCCAGCCCCUUUUCCGGCGAGCUGCUGCUCUGUCUUCCAUUAAUCGACUGAACAAAUCUUUCUUUUUUUCAAUCGACUGAGGAAUAGCAAAUGCGUUGCUCAGUACAGUACUCCGUUUACAAUCUUACCGGGAGUCAGUCUGCUAGAGACGGUGCUGGCCAUGGUGGCGGCGCGGGCCGAGCUCCUCGCCCCCCAAUCGCCGCCGAAUUCCCGUCGGUAAGAAGCCAUUGAGCGACCCCGACGGGCUGGGCGCGCCUGCUCCCGGAGGCGUUACCUGGUAGCGCGGCCUUUGGGGGUUCCGGAUCCAUGGCAGGCGGCGACAGCUUGGGCUGCUGCGGCGGCCUUGUUCAGGGUUUCUGCGGCCUCGCUCAGGUUUUCCUGGCUCCCCGGGGGCGUCCGUCUGCUGGAAUCCUCGCCAGGAGGCCCGGCGAUCUGUGCUCGAGUUCUUCUCAGGCUGUGAGGACGGGGUCGCCGCGGGAUACGGAGAUCAUGUCCGACAUGGAGUACUCUCCCCAAGUGGCCAGGGAGCUGCUUUUCUCUUAUUAUCAUGAGGAGGACCUGCCCCCCGUGGCCAGGAACUCACCGGCGGCGGUGGGCGAUCUGUGCUCGAGUUCUUGUAUGGUUGGGAGGACGGGGUCGCCGCGGGAUGUGGAGGUCAGCUCCGACAUGGAGGAGUCUCCCCCAGUGGACAGGGAGCUGCGUUUUGAUGAACAGGAGGAGGACCUGUCCCCCGUGGCCAGGAACUCGCCGGCGGCGGCGGGCGAUCUGUGCUCGAGUUCUUCUAUGGUUGGGAGCACGGGGUCGUCUCGGGAUGUGGCGGGCGAUCCGUGCUCGAGUUCUUCUAUGGUUGGGUUGACAUCGUGGGAUAUGGAGAUCAUGGCCGAGAUGGAGUACUCUCUCCCGGUGGCCAGGAAUUCGCCGGCGGUGGCGCCACCGCAGCCGAAGGGCAUGGCCGGUGGCGUUGAAGACGACGACGACGAUGAUGACUGCGUGAUUCUAGACAGUGAUCCUUUCAGCGCGGUCGUAGUGAAUGAUGAGAAGGAUGGCGGCUCCGAUGAGGAGCUGCAGAUAGUUGCGGAGAAAGGCAAGGUGGCAUGCCGUGACUUCCCUCACUCACGCCAUUUAUGUUCCAAUAUGCCCUUCGGCGCUACCUCUCACGAGAAGCAUUGUGACAUGUGCUACUGUUUUGUGUGCGACGCCCCAGCUCCAUGCAGUUAUUGGGGUAAGGGUCUCUCGGUUGGCGAUCAUUGUCAUGCUACGGAUAAGGAAACCAAAUGGAAAAUGCUGAGGGAGGCAUUCAGGUGCAGAAAUCUUCCAGCGUCUCAUCCAGAAACAGAAACUGCUGUGUACGCAACAAUGACGCCACUCGGCCGCCUUUUUCUUAGCAAUCAGAUUUCUCUUCAGGAUGUUGUGACCCAAAACCGAAACACACAUACUUCAGUUAGAGCCUCACUGAGCGUAGCACCGAGUGUCAAUGUGCCAAGAGAGGGAAGUGGUACAAGCAGUGCUCACACUGCUCAAGUUACUCGCCUAGGAGAGCCAACUGUCAGUGCACCAAGGGCACACCCUGUGGCCGGAGCUGGAAGAGGUACAAGCAACGCUCACACUGUUCAAAUUUCUGUGCCAAGAGCAUCCUCUGCAACAGGAGUUGGAAGAAGUGGUACAAGCAAUGCCCACAGUGCUCAAGUUACUCGCCUAGCACAGUCAACGGUCAGUGCACCAAGGCCACAGCCCGCGGCAGGAGCUGGAAGAGGUACAAGCAGCGCUCACACUGCUCAAAUUACUCGCCCAGUAGAGCCAGCUGUCAGUGCAGCAAGAGCAUACUCUGCAGCAAGAACUGGAAGUGGUACUAGCAGUGCUCAGUCUGCUCAAAUUACUCGCCCUGUGGAGCAAACUGUCAGUACACCAAGAGUAUGCCCUGCGGCAGGAGCUUCAAGCAAUGCUCACUCUGCUCAAAUUACUUAUCCCGCCACUGCAGGUGGCUACCUGCCGGAGCCCGAUGCGCCGGAGGGGGCCACGGUGUACGUCGGGAACCUACCCUACCACAUUGACAAUGAGAGACUCAAGCUAAGCUUCCAACGUGCUGGGGUCGUCCUGUUCUCAAAGGUCAUUUACAACCGAGAAACAGGCCAGAGCCGUGGAUUUGGGUUUGUCACCAUGAAUACUGUUCAGGAGGCUGAGAAGGCUGUGAGGAUCUAUCAUGGCUCUGGGAUGUAUGGCAGGCCUCUGACUGUAAAAAUUGCAGCUCCUAGAGGAGGCGCCCGGGUGGACGCCCCUCGCCGUCAAUCUGGUUCCCCACUCAGAAUAUUCGUAUGCAAUUUACCGAGUCAAGUGGACAACCCUCGGCUGGAGGAGCUGUUCAGCAAGCAUGGCAAAGUGGUUGAUGCAAGAGUUGUCUACGAGCGCCGAGAAGGGGCUUCGUGCUCGAGGGGAUUUGGUUUUGUCACAAUGGCGACCGACGAGGAGUCGUACAAGGCGAUACGUGCCCUCAACAAGCAGAUUCUGGAGGGAAAUGCCCUGGGGGUGAAGGUUGCAAGGGAGCGGCCGAACCAAGGCUGCCUCCCUCUUAGCAACCAGAUUCCUCCUCAGAAUGCUGGUAGUCAAAACCAACACACACAUACUUCAGUUAGGGCCUCAGUGAAUGCAGCGCCAACUGCCAGUGCGCCAAGAGCAUACCGUGCAAUGGACCUCGAGCCUGCCUAGAUUAUUAAGUUUGAGAACAUGAAGCCUACAUUGUUCUCAAGUUUGAGACUUGGUGAAGAAGUGUGCUACUUGCGAUGGAACAUAUUUGAGACAUAUUGUUGAUUGUUGGCGGUGGGAACGUUAUAAAGAAGCAUCCGCACCAAUAUGCUUGGUUAGCUCAUGCUUCACACUUCCACAGGAUGACAGGAUCAAUGGCAAUCUAAAUAGCAGCAGUACUACCAAUGGCCCUGCAAGGAAAUGCCCAAGCACACACUCCCAUCGGUCAAGCUUGCUGGUAAGUUGUUUCAUAAUUCUAUUGAUGUUCACAUUGAGAAUUUAGGAGUGCCAGUCAGAAAGCUUGGUGUGCCCAACCAGUUCAUACUAAUGCACAUUCAUCUUGAACCUUGAACUAUCUGUAUCUCUUAGUGCAAAAUAGGGCUGAAUGUAGUCUAGGAAAGGAACACGUGGUGCACCAUUCUCUAGUUUUAGCAUAGCGAAUAGUGCAACAUCAGAGAUUCCCUCUAGUGAGAUCCUGGUACACUCAAGGCACAUAAGACAAAAUUACAAAGCUUGAUUUGUGGUGAGAUAAGCAUACUUGUACGCUCUUUGUGAUCUAUUCUGGGAACAAUAUGUCUGUAUGUGGUUAUUACUACAGAAGGUCAAACUGAACCUGCAGAAGGUCAUGAAACUUAAA